CCCGGAGCAGUGGGGGAGGGCCCGCGGCCUCCCGCGCUCCGUAGUUUUCGCUCUGGCGUAGGCGGUUUCUCUCUCUCUACCUCUAGACCCGUCCCUGGCCAGCUUUCCUGAGGUCCUCCGAAAUGUGUCUUGGUUUCUGUGGAGGGGGCAGGAGGACUGCCAGGACGAUCUCUAUCUUGAAGUCUCUCUCAGUCCGAGGGCUUGUGCUCCAGCCUCCAGCCACCACAAAGGACCAUUGACAUCACAGGUGAUAUCUUGACUCUCAUGUGAAUUGGAUUUAAGAGAAGUAUAAAGUCAUCAGCCUCAGUUUCCCAGAAUCUUCAAAGUCCAAUGUCAAGACAAAAGUUAAGUAUCUCUGCUUCAUGGGAAUAUUGUGAACAUCACAUGAGAAGGAUAUCAUCUCCAAACCUUGCCCGACUUCUAUACUGGCUGGACAUUUGUUACUUUGGAUUCUAAAAUAAUGUCAGCAUGGCAAGGUUUCGAAGAAGAACGUGCAUCAUUUUGUCACUUUUUAUUUUGUUUAUUUGCUCCCUGAUGAUGGCUUUGAAAACUUUGAGACCUGAUAGAGCUGUUUUUGGGGAUCCAUUUGGACUUGACCUUCUACCAGAACUUCGCCAACGCAAAGUCCACUUAGAAACUAAACCUGACAUGCCAAAUGGUGCCAGGGAUGAUAGCAUAACACACAGCAAGAAUAUAAAGAGUGUUGCUGCCAAUAACCUAAAAAUUCCAGUGGUUCCUGAGAUAAACAUGGAAGACUUUCCGUCCCCUAACUAUAAUUUUCAUGUGUUUUACUAUACUUGGUAUGGAAAUCCACAAUUUGAUGGUAAAUAUUUACAUUGGAAUCAUCCCAUCUUGCCACAUUGGGAUCCUAAAAUUGCUAAAAAUUAUCCAGAGGGCAUCCACAUUCCUCCAGAUGACAUUGGUUCCAACUUUUACCCUGAGUUGGGAACUUACAGCUCCAGAGACGCUAACAUCAUAGAGACUCAUAUGAGACAAAUGCGCUCGGCUUCAAUUGGUGUGAUAGCCCUGUCUUGGUACCCACGUAAUUUAUCUGAUGAUAAUGGGGAAUCUACUGAUGAACUGGUGCCUGCUAUUUUGGAUAAUGCGCAUAAAUAUAAUCUGAAGGUCACUUUCCACAUUGAACCAUAUAAGAAUCGAGAUGAUCAUAGUAUGCACAAAAAUAUCAAGUACAUUAUUGAAAAAUAUGGAAGCCAUCCAGCUUUUUACAGAUAUAAGUCCAACACUGGAAGAAUUUUGCCCAUGUUUUAUGUAUAUGAUUCCUAUUUCACAGAGCCAGAAACCUGGGCCAAUCUUUUAACUGCCUCAGGACCCCUGAGUAUUCGUAACACUCCCUAUGAUGGAUUGUUUAUUGCUCUUCUUGUAGAAGAAAGACACAAACAGGAAAUCCAGAGAAGUGGUUUUGAUGGAAUUUACACAUACUUUGCCACAAAUGGCUUUUCUUAUGGCUCAUCACAUCAUAACUGGGCAGGUCUAAAAGCUUUUUGUGACAGCAACAGCUUACUUUUUAUCCCAAGUGUGGGACCAGGAUAUAUAGAUACCAACAUCCGACCCUGGAACAAUCACAAUACUCGGAACCGAGUCAAUGGGAAGUACUAUGAAACUGCUUUCAGUGCUGCACUUCAGGUACGACCUGAUGUCAUUUCCAUCACCUCCUUUAAUGAGUGGCACGAAGGGACUCAAAUUGAAAAAGCAGUUCCCAAGAGAACUGAACACUUAGUUUACCUUGAUUACCAACCUCACAAGCCAAGUAUUUAUCUGGAACUCACUCGUAAAUGGUCUGAAAAAUACAAUAAGGAAAAGGAACAGUGGCUUAUGUGAAGUGAAUCCAGUGGGCAUUUUAAUAUAUUUAGUCCAAAGUGUACUCAUAAUUACAACACUUUGAUGUUUAUGAUUGUAUUUUGUUAGGUGUGCAGAAGAAAUCUUUAAGUUAAUAUGCAUUAUUCUUGUAUCUUUAUUAGAAUAAAUAUAGGUUUUUGUAAAGAGGAAAUGGCAAUAUUGUCAAAGUCAGCCUCUUGGGGGUUAUAUUUUGAAAGUAUUUGAAAAGGAAACUGCAAGUUUUUAUAUUCUGUAAGUCAGAUUUAACUAACCUCUUUAAGAUAAUUUGUGAAACAUCUAUGUACAGUAUUAGCAUAGUUUAUAUCAUUUAUGACUGAAAUUGAAAUUCAGCAUUUAUGACAACUUAAUUUUUAUUUUGUAGCCCAUUGUGCAGAAAGUAAUUAGCAUCUAAUUAGAGGCUACUUGCUUUCUGGACACAAAAACCAGUUUUGGUUUGUCUGUGGUAGAAAUCACUGUGGUAAAAAAGCAAGGUACUUAAAAGAAUUGCUAAUGCAUGUGUUUUUUUCGUUAGUUUUGAAAGCCAUUUUCCUCCAGUGACUCAGUUAGCUAGCUUCACAUUUUCUUAAGAAAUGAGGCUAUUGAUUACUAGAAACCAAAAGUAACAAAAAAUCUCUAUAAGACACAAUGUACAUGCAAUCUCUGCCUUAAGUUAGCAUUACUAAAUCAUUGUUAAAGAUAAAGGGCCUUUUGUGCAAAGCUCAAUGUAUACUAUCAUUUUGCUGUUUUCUAAGUACCUAUGCUAUGCAAGUUAUAAAUGCCUUCUCUGUGUUAGAAGAAGUUUUAUUUUGAAUCUUUUACUAUCCUGAAUUUUAGAGAUAAAAUGAUUAGUAAAGUACAAUAUACAAGUUCUUCUCUAUCAUAUAUGCCUAUCUAUGUAUAUUUAUGUAUGAGUGUGCAUAUAUAUUAUUUUUAAAGAAAUUCGGU